AAUAUUUGUAAAUUAAACUGGGUUACACAUUUUUUGUUUAUUACCUUAAUUUUGAAUAAAGGAUAAUGACGCUCUCUGGAAUGAAACAGGUGGUUGAAACGUUUGAUGUUUCAGAAUCUACCUCUUCAUCUAAAUCUUGGAGUUCUGAAAAUAUCGCAAAUAAAGAGAAAGAGCUUUUAGAGGAUAAUAAUUUGUACGACGUUGAAUCUAUAACUAGUGAUUCUUCUGUCUAUGAAGAAUUUGACGAUUUUGACCCUUCCAACUUUAGAUUAACUCCUCAGAACACUAUUUCCCCUAAGCGUGAAGCUGUUAAUACCACUAAUAGUAGUAGCGCUGAUGAAGCCAUGAGCAGCGAGUUUAAAUCUGUCGACAGUUAUGAGUCCUUUUACGUUUUAUCACUUGAGAAUCAAAACGAACCCUCAAAUAAAAUCACUAAUACUAAUAAUUCUGUUAGCACUAAUCACAAUGUGGAUAUUAGUUAUAAGGAUAAAGUACCUGUUGAUGUAGAUGAGGAAAGUAUGGUUGUAGAUGUAGAAGACCCUGAGUUGGAUGUAGAAAUGGAACUUGACAAUGUUAUGACUGAGAUUGAUGCAGGUAACGUAAGUUUUGACGCCGCUGGUUCUUCAGCCUUUGUAAACACAACCAACACUUAUACUAAUACCAACAAUGAUACUAAUAAUAACACUGAUAAUGUUUGUGGUACUAUGGUUAACACGGUAAACCAUGACUCUGUAGAAAAUGACGUAGUUAUGGAAUCUGAAGACGAGUUGGAUAGUCUAAAGUUGCAAAAGUACUUGAAAAGCCAAAAAAUAACAGAGAUUUGUAAGAGGCUAAAGGCUGAUUUGAAGGGUACAAAAUACACAGAUGAGAAGUAUGCCUGUUUCUCAGAGCGGGUUUACAACUAUAUCUCAGACCUAAAGUCAUACUCGUCUAUUAGUAGUCAGGAUCCUACCACCACUACCUCAACUUUAACCUCAGUAGAUCUUAAACCUCUUUCUACAGACUCAACCAACUCAUUAGAUGACUCUGCAUAUGAUCUAGUUUCAGCCCGUGAAGCCCUUGUGUUUGAUACUCAACCCCCAAAUAGGGAUCAACCUCCAUCUACUCAACCAACUGAUAAUACUACUAACAUUGAUAAUACUAAUAAUACUAUUAAUAACGCAGAUAAUGCAGUUUUCAGAAGUGAAUUUGAAGUGGAGUUUCAGGAUUUCAUCAACAAGCAUAGACACCUGAUUAAUCAAUCAUUUGACUCAUCUGCAGACACUGUGGAUACUGUAGAUAACAGAAAAUCAAACCAAAAGGAGAUUCAGGAAGUGUUCAAAAAUAAGGAAACAACUGCCAAUGUUGAGGAUAGUGAUAAGAUUGAUUUGGAAACUGAAAGCUAUCAUGGACUAGAGUCAGUGAUGUCAAGUUCUUGUAUUAACUUGGUUUUCAGUUGUUUGCGAAGUAUUAAAAUAGCCGUGGGAGAUAACUUGCAUGAACAUAACGUUUACACAGGCACUAAGAAGUUUAUGAGUAAAUUCUUGGAAAUUCUCAGGAAGUUAAACGUUUUGGAGAAGAAGCUGAAAAAUGACUUUUUAGCCCUGGAAAAUAACGAUUAUAACUUGGAACUUACGAGAAACGGGUUUCUCACCUUAAUGAAGGUAAAUAACAGGCUUUUGACUCUUUACAACAACUACAAAGAUCAUGAGAAUUUACAAAGAGACUCAAUAAGACUUAAAAUUGAUGGGAUUUCCCUAUUAAGAAGUGAAAUCUUGUCAAAACUUGAACAAACUCAAAUGAACACCAAGGUUUCAGAUGUUAAAGAAACUUUGUUAGCUAGGGAAAAUAGACUUGAAGACAUAUAUAAUGAAACUGGUUUCUUUGUACUACCACUCAACUAUCACAACUCAUAUCAAAAUAUUUUAUACCUUUUCAACUUCAACUAUUAUACCAAAGUCAGUAAGUCUUAUCAGAUUUCUCCCCCAAACACCGCUACACUCAAUAAUAAUAUUAAUACUCCUAAAAAUACCAACGCUCUGGAUAAAACUAAUAAAUCUGUAAACAAUAACACUUUGUAUAAAGAUGAAUUGUUUCCAGAUGUAACAAAAGAGAUGUUAGAUAAGCUUAGGGUUUUGGAUCACCUGCCCUUUAAGCCUGUUAAACUAGUUCCUGACUUGGAACUUAAGUUGUUUUUAUGGUUUCAGAACUCAAACACCAGUAGCUCCAACGCACUGAAUAACACAGUGUUUAAUAAUUUUCUUAGCCCAAUUGCUAUUUCAAGCUCAAGUUCUACAAGCUCAAAUAAUCUAAACCUAAGUCCGUAUGCUAACUCGGUAAACCACAACCCAGCCACAAGUAACUUAUUUAAUAAUACACACAGCUCCAAUAAUGGGCAACAGUAUCAAAAAAAUAACUCACUGGAGACUGUUAUAAACUUGGAUGUGGAUGAAAAUAACUAUAUCGAUUUGUUUACCGUGAGAAAUGAUCUAAAGUUAGUAUUAUACUGUCCAAUGCACAAGGACGUGCCCUAUUACAGGUUUAAAAGUGACCUUGUGCAGUAUUAUAACCACUUUUUAAACUCUAAAAUGGUGGAAUUUGCUGAGGAUGUUAUUGAAAACGUUCAGCUGGUAGAAUUGCUUAACCAUGUAAUGGAACUAACUCGUGAUAUAAAUCAUAAAUUCGUAAGUAACUUGAAUAUGUUCCACAGCUUGACACAACUCUCUACUAACUACUAUUAUCUAUCGCAAUGGUCUGGCGAUUCAAGCAAUUCUAGUCUAUCUAACGGAACAGUGAAUCAACAGAAUAGUUUAUUUGUGAAAGAAAGAGUACUAAAGUUGAUGUUGACUUUUAAGAACAACAUGCCCUGCUUGUGGUGUCUGGUGUAUUUCAACUUUAACACUGGGAAAUCCAAAAAUCCCAGUCCAAAUAACCCUAAAUUCACCAACAGAUACUUUGCUGAAAAGAAUUUACUGGUGAGCGGGAUCAAGUUUGAGUUUGUUCAUAAACUUAAUAAGUCACUCAGUGCCAAGUACCAGGCUGGGCUAGACCAGAUUAAUAGGCUAAUCAGCACGCCUGGUACUCCUAAGGAUAUAAUAGAACACAUCACUGGAACCUUAAACUCACAGGAAUACUAUAUGUAAUAUACCUACCAAUCUAA